AUGCAUGUUGAGAAUUCUCGGGGCGGAAGAACAGAACAUCCAACUUACUUCGAUUACGAUGGAAACGGGAAGAACUGGAUGGUCUGUGAAAGAGGAGAUAUGGCGGGCAGGGAAUAUACGCGCGCAUAUUCUCUUCCUCGUUUCCUUCAACAGGAUGCGCUCCUGCGAAGCACACUGCCCAGAAUGCAACCUUUGUACACGGGAGAUGGGAUUUUUCUUCCGCCAACUUGGUCGACGAGGCUCUUCUUGGCCUUCUUGGACUUAUUGAUCUUGGACGCUCAUCGCUGGGCCGUGGCAAAGAUCGUGGUCAUGGCUUUUGGGGGGCAGUCACAGGCUUGGCUUGCAAAUCCGAUCGCAGGAACGGUGACGAGUCCCACAACCGUGGUAGCGUCUUCAACAAACGGGACUGGUAACUGCUCUUCCUCUUCGCAACACGGCAUCCAGUUUUUGGAGUUCAAGGUGGGGCCGGGAAGUAGCAAGCUUUGGUCGCUCUCGAGCAAAGUUUGCAGCCUUUGGUCCCUCUCCCGCGGCAAGAAGUCGAGACUUCCUCUCGGUUUGCCGUUCCUGGCAUCGUCAUCGCCAUCCUUCUCGCCGUUGCCAUCGUCGUCUUCACCUCCCGAGGCACCGUCCAGCAGCGAGAAGAAGUUGGAUUCCUUCCGGUUGACCGACUUUCCAGCUUUCGAGAAGCAGUAUGCAUUUCUGGACACACCGACGAGCCGGGGCUCCUCGGGAGGAGUUCCCGUCUAUGUCAUGCUUCCUCUCGACAGUGUCAACGUGAACAACACCUUAAACCGGAGGAGGGCCUUGAACGCGGGGCUGAUAGCGCUCAAGAGUGCGGGAGUGGAGGGCGUGAUGGUGGACGUCUGGUGGGGGAUCGUAGAGCGAGAAAAGCCUCAGCACUACAAGUGGUCCGCUUACAAGGAGCUUGUGUCCUUGGUCCAAAAGAAUGGACUCAAGGUUCAAGUUGUCAUGUCGUUUCACCAGUGUGGAGGCAACGUUGGCGAUUCUUGCUAUAUACCUUUGCCACUGUGGGUGCUUGAGGAGGUCCAAAACAAUCCAAACAUUGUGUACACGGACAAGUCUGGCAACAGGAACCAUGAAUAUCUUUCGCUUGGCUGUGACUUUCUUCCUGUUUUACGCGGUAGAACUCCUAUCCAGGCCUACUCGGACUUCAUGCGUAGCUUCAAACAUGCAUUCACAGAUGUUCUUGGCGAGACUAUCGUGUACAUGUUAGCAAGCUUAAGAGCUUGUGCGACUGCCUGUGGAACAAAGCACUGGGGACAAGGGGGCCCUCACGACGCCGGUCACUACAACCAGUGGCCAGACGAGACGGGGUUUUUCAACAGGGACGGCUCAUGGAACUCGCCUUACGGCCAGUUUUUUCUCGAGUGGUACUCCGGGAUGCUCACCUCUCACGGUGAGCGUGUUCUCUCCACGGCCGAGGCCGUCUUCCGGGGGACGGGGAUCAAGCUCGCAGGGAAAGUGGCAGGAGUUCACUGGCACUACGGGACCAGGCCUCAUCCCGCGGAGCUCACCGCCGGGUACUACAACACUCGGCUUAGAGACGGAUACACGGGCCUGGCUCGGAUGUUUGGACGUCACGGGGUGGUCAUGAUCUUCACUUGCGUGGAGAUGCGCGACUUGGAGCAGCCCCCUCACGCGCUUUCGAGCCCGGAGAGCUUGCUCCACCAGGUGGUCUCGGCAUGCAAGCAAGCAGGGAUCUCUCUGGCGGGAGAGAACGCUCUUCCUCGAUUCGAUGAGGCUGCGUACGAACAGGUGUUGAAGAAGUCCCGGAUGCAAGAGAGCGAGGACGAGGACGACUGGAUUUCCCCGAGCUCUAGCGGCUGCUCGUCCACGGCGUGCGAGCCUAUGUGCUCGUUUACGUUCUUGAGGAUGAGUGAGAAGCUGUUUUACAGCGAGAACUGGCACAACUUCGUCCCGUUUGUGAGGAGGAUGGCCGGCGGCCGGGCAUUUCAGGAAGAACACCACGAUACCGAGUCACACAUGCACGCUACCAGGCCCGUACAAGAAGCUGCUGCCGCUUUGAUGUGUCACUAG